GCUGCCUGACUGGAAUGAGGGUAGCUGCGACGACUGCGGCGGCGGGAGCGGGGCCGGCCAUGGCGGUGUGGACGCGGGCCACCAAAGCGGGACUGGUGGAGCUGCUCCUGAGGGAGCGCUGGGUCCGGGUGGUGGCCGAGCUGAGCGGGGAGAGCCUAAGCUUGACGGGCGACGCCGCGGCGGCUGAGCCCGAGCCCUCUCUGGGGCCGGCGGCGGCCGCCUUCAACGGCCUCGCGAACGGCGGCGGCGCCGGCGACUCGCUGCCCGGGAGCCCGAGCCGCGGCCUGGGCCCCCCGAGCCCGCCCGCGCCGCCACGGGGCCCGGCGGGCGAGGCGGGCGCGUCGCCCCCGGUGCGCCGGGUGCGGGUGGUGAAGCAGGAGGCGGGCGGCCUGGGCAUCAGCAUCAAGGGCGGCCGCGAGAACAGGAUGCCGAUCCUCAUCUCCAAGAUCUUCCCGGGGCUGGCGGCCGACCAGAGCCGGGCGCUGCGGCUGGGCGACGCCAUCCUGUCGGUGAACGGCACUGACCUGCGCCAGGCCACCCACGACCAGGCCGUGCAGGCGCUGAAGCGCGCGGGCAAGGAGGUGCUGCUGGAGGUCAAGUUCAUCAGAGAAGUAACGCCAUAUAUCAAGAAGCCAUCAUUAGUAUCAGAUCUGCCAUGGGAAGGUGCAGCUCCCCAGUCACCAAGCUUUAGUGGCAGUGAGGACUCUGGUUCUCCAAAACACCAGAACAGCACCAAAGACAGGAAGGUCAUCCCUCUCAAAAUGUGCUUUGCUGCUAGAAACUUAAGCAUGCCGGAUCUGGAAAACAGAUUGAUAGAGCUACAUUCUCCUGAUAGCAGGAACACGUUGAUCCUACGCUGCAAGGAUACAGCCACAGCACACUCCUGGUUCGUAGCUAUCCACACCAACAUAAUGGCUCUCCUCCCACAGGUGUUGGCUGAACUCAAUGCCAUGCUUGGUGCAACCAGUACAGCAGGAGGCAGCAAGGAGGUCAAGCACAUUGCCUGGCUAGCAGAACAGGCAAAACUAGAUGGUGGAAGACAACAGUGGAGACCUGUCCUCAUGGCUGUGACUGAAAAGGAUUUGCUGCUUUAUGACUGUAUGCCAUGGACAAGGGAUGCCUGGGCAUCACCAUGUCAUAGCUACCCUCUUGUUGCCACAAGAUUGGUUCAUUCUGGCUCCGGAUGUCGAUCACCCUCACUUGGGUCUGACCUUACCUUUGCUACCAGGACAGGCUCUCGGCAGGGCAUUGAGAUGCAUCUCUUCAGGGUGGAGACACAUCGAGAUCUGUCAACCUGGACCAGGAUACUUGUUCAAGGUUGCCAUGCUGCUGCUGAGCUGAUCAAAGAAGUCUCUCUAGGCUGCACGUUAAAUGGCCAAGAGGUAAGACUCAAUGUCCAUUAUGAAAAUGGGUUCACUAUCUCCAGGGAAAAUGGAGGUUCCAGCAGCAUAUUGUAUCGCUACCCCUUUGAAAGGCUGAAAAUGUCUGCUGAUGAUGGCAUCAGAAAUCUGUAUCUGGAUUUUGGUGGUCCUGAGGGAGAACUGACCAUGGACCUGCACUCUUGUCCAAAGCCGAUUGUAUUUGUGUUGCACACAUUCUUGUCGGCCAAAGUCACUCGCAUGGGACUGCUUGUAUGAGCAGCAGAAUAUCAGAAAAGAGCCUUGAAUGUCACAAGAAGUAUUUCCACCUCAAAAAAAAAAAAAAAAAGCACAAAAAGAAAGCUCUUUGCUCUCUCCUCCAGCACAGUGCCUUGACAAGGACCUGCAAAUCACUGCUGAACCGUAACCAUGUUUAAAGAAGAGCCUGCCUUUCACAAGCUACCUUGGCCAGAAAUUCUAAGACUCUAAUAAGCUCCAAAAGGAAGCUAUUGAUUUAUUGUCUAGUUUCCUAAUGUGGUUUCUAAGUAAUUAGGUUUAUUUCCCAUGUUAAGAAGGGUGGCUCAUUGUUUUUCUUUUUGGACAUAAUCAAAUAUCCAAGAGUUGUUUUCUUUUUCUUCUUCCUAUAGGAUUUGUUUCAGGUUUAGACCUGAUCUCUUGUUUAGGAUGACUAUCUCUUCCCAGGUGCUAGUUUGCAGCAGCUCGCUAUGUUUCUUGGUCAUUCCAGAUAGGUUGUACACUUUGUUGGAGUUUACUAUCCUCACUUGCUCCUUCCACCCUAGGAAGUCCUUGAAUUGCCUCACCAAAGCAUUCUUCCAUCUGUCCUGGCUCUCGCUACAUCCCAUUCUGGCCAUCACUUCCCACUGUGUCACAAGCUUUGCCACUCAUAAGUGCUAACUUUAGGAUUUAGAACUUGUGAAAUUUGAUUUGCCUUGCCUUCCCCUCCCUUUCUAGUGAUGACCAAGUUGAAAAAUGUGUUGGAAACCACUGCUUUGAAGGAAAAGUUUUGCUUAUUUUAGAUUUUUCUGAUUUUAUCUUUGGUAGGAGCCAGGGGAUAUUAUAAGAUUUAUUUUAAAGGAAAAUCCUCAUUGUAGCCUAAGCCAUUUUUUAUUGCUUACCAAAUGUGCCUUUGGUUAGGGUUAGUGGAGCUUUAUUAGUCACUGUUUGAAUAACUGGAUAUCACUGCCAUUCCAGGGAGAUCAUCUAUCCUAGUUUUGAGGAAUAGUCUUUGAGGUGGGUUUCCUUAGUGGUAUCUUUUCUAGUGGGCAGAUCUCUUUGAGGAAGAUAAAUCCUGGCGUGCCAGCUUGUUUAAAGAGUACUUUGUGGGUGAAGCCAGCUCUUCAGCACAAACAUCAUGUCAAGUUACUUUGGGCUGUGUGUGCCCAUGCAGGAUCCCAGCUCUGCCUCUCUCCCUUUGUGGCAGAAGAGUGGCAUGGACAAGCAGCUGCUAAUUCAAGACUCAAUGUUGGCUUAGUAAUGCAUCCUGCAGUGGGCAGGGUGACAAGACCAUGGAACAGCUACCUGGGUUUUGCUAAGCAUUGCCAGAUAUCAUCACACUCACUUGUUUUUCCUAAUUAUGAAGGAGGUAUAUAUCUGAAAACAUUUAAAAUAGUCUAAUAGCUAUAUAAAAUGUCAAGAUUAGCAAAGUCCCUAGAUCUGCAAGGAAAGGUAACAUUGACUUGGAUGUUCUCUGUGCCCCUCUGUGCCCUCUGAAGAAAGGUCUAGGAGUAGUUCUCAUUUACUAGGUUUAUCAGGAGUGCCAUAAGAGGAUGUGAGCACUACAGAUGGUGAAGGAGGAUAGCACUCCAAAUAAGAAACACACACACACCCACGUCCACACACAACUAUAUAUGCAAAACAUGAGCUGUUUGAUUUGAGUGCAGACUGACCUACAGGUGAGAUAUGUGAAAGAGCAGACUUGUGAGCGAGAGAGUUCUAGUUAGACAUUGUAACCCCGUUGUCUUUCCUCUGCCCAGAAGUUAGUCGUCCUUCCCCAUAUACAGUGAGAGUAACCAUAUGUAGAGGCUGGAGAGAGGUGUUCUUUCCCCGGCUCCAAUCCCAAAAAGAAUUUUCUGAUCCACUUAAAACUGGAAGUUGAAAUCUAGACUAGAAUGUGUCUUUCAAGAGCUUUUUAUGUUUUGAAAAUUCAUAACCCUAAUUUGGUUCCAUCUGGGAUAAGUUUGCAAGUCAAGAAAGAAAAAAAUAUAUAUCUUGAAGGUCCAGCUGUGAUUUCUGGAAACAGAAUUUCAACACAUAAUACCCUCAGAUAAGGGAGCUGAGACACUGUUUGCAGUAAGAGUAUUAUUAAUGUAAGAAGUUGAACGAUGCAGUCACAGACUUUUGCAGCAAAGCCAUUUGGUUGAGGUUUUCUGUAUUAGUGUGAAAGGCUAAGCACUGAGAAGAUUUUCAGGGGGAACUUCUGAGCCGCCCUGCUCAUUAGUUAUAUAAAAUGGAUCUGCACAAAAAGUGAUUAAAAUGUGGGCAGGAGAGGUAAGGCAUGUGUGCCUUUCCACUCAUUUUGCUCAAGCUUAAACUGUCAUGGAUAGCACCAAGGUCCGUAGGGUUUUUAAUAUCUUUUGAGUCUUGAUGUGAAAUGAAAGUGUAUGGGAGGUUUCCUUUGACCACUAGCACCCCAAGAGCAAGAGCCCUUAAGCUGCUUGUUUAAUAUACUUCAACAGCUUUCCAAUCAUGGGUGACCAGGUUGUUCUUCAAUUAAGUGUGUUUGUGGGAUUUUCAAGCCACAAAUGAAGUGCUUUUUAUGAAUAGGACAACCUUGAUAAAUAUAUUUUGUAUUUAGAUGCCAAAAUAUGGCAAAUUAUUUUCAAAUGAUAACAAAAAUGGGCAUUUUUGAUAUUUCACAUCUUUUAUAGAACAGCUGACUUUUCAUUUUGAAUUACGAAAAUUGUUGAGAAUGUCGUGGGCUUCCAUGUGUAGAAUGGAAAGAAAACUGCAGAGUAGCGUCCCCCUCUUUCUGACGGACCACUUCCUGUGUCCCCCGAAACCUGAGGCUUAGACAUCUUCUCCAUAUUCCACACAGAUGCCUAUUAGCAGCCAAUUGGGGUGUGAAAAUUCUUCCUCCUCCUUCCCUAAAACUUCUCCCUUUCCUCUCCAAAAAAAGAUGAAAAGGCAAGGAACCAAAGAAAAAGAAAAUACUCAGUUAUUCUUUUUCUGAAAAAGGUAACUUCUUUCCUGAAAUCAUCAAAUAGACCUUACCUGGAAAUUAGUAUCCAAUAUUUUAUAUGAAGAAAUACUUUAAUGUAUGUUUAUGCAGUAUUUAUUGGAUAGUUGUAACUGUAAACUCACCUACCUAGUAGACAGAGUUUCAGGUUAAAUAUUGGGACAUGUACAGGCCAUCUAAAAUAUUACUUUAAAUGUCAUUCACCUAUUUUAAAGCCAUGUUUUAGCACUUUUUAGGCUAGGUAAAGUCUGAUAGUGCCUGUUUUAAUCAUCUGUACUCUCACAAACUUUGUUAUUGAAACUUACUGCAUGGCAGGAGACGUUGAAUUAUUUAUUUCUUAUAUUUUUAUAAGUGGAAAAUCUCUCUAACCAACAAAUGAUUAAAGUUGUUACUGAUUGUUUGUUUUCUUAACUUAUCCUCCUAAGCAGAAUGGUAACAAAGCCUUUUUUCAGCUGAUUAAAUGCACUUAGCUAACAAACCAAAAUGUAUUCUUUAAGAAAAAAUUAAACUGUGUGGAAUCUGGACAAGAUUAUGUUUCUCCCAGAAAAACAGGUUUCACUGUAAAUUAUUUUGAUGGACAAAAGUGUGACCACUUUUGAGAAAAGGUUAUGAUGGAGUUUUUUUUUAAUUUUGUGAGAACCUCCAGGUCUUCUUGUUUAAUUUAUAUGCAUGUGGAUAUAUUUGUAUGUUUUCAAAAACAUGAAAGAAUCUCCAUAUUUUUUAAUGCAAAUUAUCUGGUAAGCUGCUAUGCAAAUUCUGUUAAAAGCCCUACCUACUUAAAGAGUUAAACAUUUUUGAAGCUUUCAGGGAAGACCUGUAGACUUAAGCACUUUCUCUGCUUUUUUAUAUCUUAUCUUGAACACAACGCUGAAUUAUGUUCUUAUUAUUUUCACUUGUUAUAAGCUAUUGACUGUACGUAAUCUUUAAGCCAUCCAGAUAUCCAGCAUGUAUUUCCAUGUUGCUGCCAUCCACUAUUGAUGCCAUGAAUGAAAUGGCUGGUUAGAAAACCAAAGGUCGUCUUUUUUCAAUCCCUAAUGAAGUAAAAUGCCAGAUCUCUUUGGUCUCUAAGCAUAUUGCUCUGGUCAGAUCUGAAUAUCUCAGUAAGGAAAAGAGAAAUAUUUAAAUUUAGAAUUCUGCUUAAACUUUAAGUUAAAUUUGACUAUAGUCAUAUUCAUUCUUCUUAUCUAUCUCUAUCAGGUAUAUUUUGUGCCAGGUAGUAUUAUAUUUUACCUUGAGUUUGGAAAUCUUUCAGUUAAAUUUGAAAUGUUAUUGUGGCUAUUUUUUUCCCUCCUAAAGAUGAAAGCAGAGGAGUCUUCCAUCUGCUGCCAUUCUCACUCUGUGUCCCUAUUUUUUAAUUGCUUGGAAAUCUAGAAUUAUUUUCACUUUCUAUAUACUGUCUUUAAAAACCGACAGCAGCAGUUUUCCCCCUUGCCCUGCCUUUUCAAAGUUAUAUCUUUCACUGUGCUGAGUAUAUAGACACUCAAUAAAUGUGUGAUGAUAGACAGUUCUAAAAUAAUUGUGCUAUAUAUCAGGAUUAUGUCUUUUUGAGCAAUAUAGCUAUUCUAUGGUGUAAUGAUAUUAAGUGAACUUUAUUUUACACUAGUAAUAGACUGCUUAAGUGACUGAUUUGAAAUCCUUUCUCUAAAUAUAUAUAUAUAUAUAUCUGGCAGAUCAGUGAUACAAGUUCAUCCUACUAAAGGACAGAAUUUCAGGUUAAAGAAAGUACAAUAAAUAGGCACAUAGAGCAUAUCUGUUUUCUUAUCUCUCAUUGACACCAGCUAAACUGCCAACUGGAAGAAUAGUUGUUAUGUAUUAACUCGAAAAAAUAUUUCAACAAGAUUUCUCCUUUUGUUUCAAAACUGAUGAACUUUAAUCUCUUGCCACUUCCUUAUUCUUCCUUUCCACUUCAGGUGACUGAACCAAAGCAUAUUCUGGUUUUAAAAGUGAAUCUACAUUGCAUUUGAUGUAAUGCAUCAGUAUGCCGUUUGCAAAUGAUUACCUGCUCUUCAAUGAACAUUUAAUUAUAUUCAACAAAAAUCUACCAUAUGAACUAUAAUCCUUGAAUUGCUCCAAAAUAGAUUGGUUGAAACUAAAAAGCUAUAGUAGAGAAAUGAUACUUUGUUAUAUUGUAAGAUUAGGUAUCCUGGUAGAUUUCUGACUUCUGAGCCCUCUAAGUACCUUACUCAGUUUUGUAGUCAUCUUACUUCCAUGCCAUUGACACAAAUGCUUUUUAGUUUUUGAGUCCCUCUUUAUCUCAGUCACAUGUACACCCUUGGAACCUGAUUGUUCUAUCCCCUCUUCCAAAGUGAUAGAAGUCUCUUAUGAAUAGACAAAAGGUUCUUUGGAGAAAUGUUGAAACUGCAAGGCUAAUUAAUGAUAUAUUAAUUCAUGUAUUCUUUCAUCUAAUGAGCAUUUAUGAAUGUACAGUUCUUCAGAGGCACUCUGGAGGGUCCAAAAGAAAGUUCCUGCCCUCAAGUAGCACAUAACAUAAUCUCUUAUGUCUCAAUCACACCAUGCCAUCUAUUUAUCAACCAGUGGUUAAUAAUUAACCACUUCAUAUUUUCACUGAAGUAUAUCUUUAGUUCUGCUCAUCUGGAUAUUUAAAAGGAUAGUUGGUCUUUGGUCCGUGCCAGCAUGAAAGAACUCAAACACAUUUAAGUAGAUUGGUCUUUUCAUUAUGCAUAAUUUUUUUUUUUUUUUGAGGAAGAUUAGCCCUGAGCUAACAUCUACCACAAAUCCUCCUCUUUUUGCUGCAGAAGACUGGCCCUGAGCUAACAUCCAUGCCCAUCUUCCUCUACCUUUUUCUAUAUGUGGGAUGCCUGCCACAGCAUGGCUUGACAAGUGGUGCAGCACACCCCGGGCCACCAAAGCAGAAUGUGCGAACUUAACCUCUGUGCCACCGGGCUGGCCCCAUGCAUAACUUUUUUAACGCAAAAUUAGACUUUAGUUUGGGAAGGAGAACACUAUAGAAUAUCCUUUCCUUAGUAAGAUGAGUCACAACAACAAAAAUUAAGCUCUAUUGCACAAAGUGGAUCACUGAGAAAGUCUUUUUAAAAAAUGUUUAACUAUAAAUCAGCAAAGCUGAAUGUAUAUUUCAUUUACCCCCUGUUUCUAAACUGUGCUGACACAUUCAUUUCCACAUUUAUACCCUUUAAAUAUCUCAUUUGCUGAAAGUCCUUGCAUGUGGUAGAUGGAGUAUUUCUCAAUAACGAGAGGUAAAAAUGAAGAUAUUUAAAACUUUGCAAAAUUCCAGUUAUUCUAGAACACUCUGGCAUUCAAACUCACUAAAAAGGAUGUCUAAAGAAAAUCAGAGAGGUUGAUUGAAUGUUUCCAUAAUUUUCAUACCAUAAUAGUCCCUUUCUAUCCAGCUUACCUUCCAUUUACCACUAGGGUCAGCUUUUCAGGCAACAUCCAUCAUGUGCAGAAAGUACCUGAGCUAUCUGUGAUUGGAAUGGCAUAGAGAACAUCAUCUCAUGGGCUCCUUCCCUUUUGUUUUCAAGUGUCCUAGAGUUGUGCACCAAAUUAGGUCAUACCUCCAGUGUCUUAGUCUUUACUUUAAACCUACCCUUUGACAAUCAGGUGCUAAUGAUUAUAUAUUGGAACCAGCAUAUAAAUAUUGUCAUGUAAUGUGUUCUCCUAGGUUGGAAGAAGUGCUUUCCUUCUAUCUCAGUCCUGUUCAAGUGGGUGUCGGUUAUAUUUUUUCACCUCUGCUUUGUGAAUUAAUACAGUCUGGGGUGAGGAAAUGAUUUAAACUAAGUAUUGGGUUUGGCCCAAUCAACAAUCUUGACGAUACCAACUUUAUAGCAAACCUGCCCUUAUCAUAAGAACUAGGUUCAUGGGGCCAGCCCCGUGGCCGAGUGGUUAAGUUCACGCGCUCCUCUGCGGUGGCCCAGGGUUUCACCGGUUUGGAUCCUGGGCGCGGACAUGGCACCACUCAUCAGGCCACUUUGAGGCGGUGUCCCACAUGCCACAACUAGAAGAACCUGCAGCUACGAUAUACACCUAUGUGCCGGGGGGAUUUGGGGAGUUAAAGCAGGAAAAAAAAAAGGAAAAAGAACUAGGUUCACGGGUUUUUUCCUCCAGUUGAGAUUCCAGGAUUAUGUUUACAGUCUGUUAGAUGGGUUCAGCGUGAUAAGACCCUGGUUCCCUUUUGGUAGCAGAUCCAAAGUCUUUUAGAAGAUAACGUGGCAAACCACUACCUGUGAAGGCUAUUUUUGGCUAAUCUGUGUAAACUCCGAUUAUACCCACUGGUAUGCAUUCUGUCUCACACAACUUUCAUUUUUAAGUAGUAAGACUCAGAAAGUUAGAGUAAUACUUCUAAAAAGAAUUAAAGUAUGUGAUAUUCUGGGGUUUUUCCUCUUUGUAGAACCCUGUAUUUAAACAAGACUUCUUUUUAAGUGUUGUUUAAAAUUUAAGUCUCAAAUUUUCUGGUAUCACCAGACUACCAAAUCAAAACUCAUGGCACAAAACAGGGCAGUAAUUGUAUUCUUAAUAGUAAAGAAAAGCGAUUUACGUGUACUCUAUAAAUAUAAAUGCAUAGACAACACUUUCCCUUGAGUUGCACAUCAACAUAUAGCAUUGUACAUUACAAUGACAAUUUGUAACUUAAGGGUAUUAUAUAUAUAAAUACAUAUAUACAUUUGUAACCUUUAUACUGUAAAUAAAAAAUUGCUUUUA